GCUAAGCUGGGAGCCGAUUGGCUGGAGCGCUGCGCGAGCCCUGAGUGUCGGGCUCGCUGAUUGGCUGGUUGCUUGUGGCGCGCUGAGGAGCUGUUAGUGGCAGGAGCCCAGCGUGUCUGGCGGGGUGUCCGCAGCAGCAGUAAUGUGGAGCAGUCACGGUGAGGGUGGCUUUGAGAGUGGCUAUGGAGGGCAUGCAAUUAGUGGAGGAUACACUCAGUCCCCAGGGGGGUUUGGAUCUCCUGCAGCCACCCAGGGAGAAAAGAAACAGCGAUCUCGUUCCCAGAAUAUCGUGCCGUGUACAGUGUCUCAGUUACUUGCUGCUGAGCAGAUUGAUGAGACAUUCAAGAUCCGAGAAGUGGAGAUCUCUCAGGUUGUUAUCAUGGGGAUAAUCAGACAGGCAGAGAAAGCACCAACCAACAUCCUCUACAAAAUAGAUGAUAUGACUGCAGCCCCGAUGGAUGUCAGACAGUGGGUUGAUACUGAUGAGGCAGGCAGUGAGAAUGUUGUGGUGCCCCCAGGAACUUACGUGAAAGUGGCUGGUCAUCUUCGAUCGUUCCAGAAUAAGAAGAGCCUGGUAGCAUUUAAGAUCAUGCCACUGGAAGAUAUGAAUGAGUUCACCACACACUUAUUGGAAAUUGUCAACGCACAUAUGGUCCUCAGAAAAAGCAUCAUGACAACAUCAAAAACGCCUCAGUCUCUGGGCUCCUUUGGUAUGGGUGAUAUGGUAAGCUAUGGAUGUGGCAGUAAUGUGCCAGUGAAUGGACUUACAGCACAUCAGAGUCAGGUGUUAAAUUUGAUUAAAAGCUGCUCUGAUCCAGAAGGCUUGAGCCUGACGGAGCUGAAAUCCCAACUACAUAACAUCAAUAUGACAACAAUCAAGCAAGCGGUUGAAUUUCUUAGCAGUGAGGGACACAUCUAUUCCACUGUGGAUGACGAUCACUAUAAAUCUACAGAUGCUGAAUAAAGGUGCUUCUGAGAGUUGCCCUAUCUUGCUGGGUUUGGUUCCAUGCAAGCAUCAAUCUAUGCUGCACUUACAGUACUAUGCAUACAUGUCUUAAAGUAGCUCUACCAAGCUUUUCUCUGCAGAAGGUGAUCUCUGCUACUUACAUCCCUUGAAAGCCGCAGUUACUCUGUGAGCAUCCAGAAUUCUCAAAACAAGAGCAGCAAAGUAAAUGUACAGUAUUCCCCUAACCAGACUCAAAUAAUAUAAUGAGACAGUGACUAAAGCUUAACCAGGUUUUCAGGGGAGAAAUGACCUCCGUGUGAAGAACUGAAAGCUUCAGAGCCUUUGUUCAUCUAGUAUCCAUCUCGUAUAGCACCACUGGUAAGGGGGCGGGGGGGAGUGGGUCUGCCCAGCCUCGUCACUGGCAGAUUGUUCUGAAAUGGCUUCUCAGCUUGGCCAGCCUUCAGCCUCUUUAUUUGAUAAAGGUGGGAUAUUCUUAGAGAGCCUGCCAAGGUACAGUGCUUAAGACUAGUUGUCUACUUUCUGCACUUCUUACAACUAUAUUUGUAUUACAAGAUGAUCCUGUUAAUGAAACUUUUGAUAUUCAAAUAAAGCUUUUUAGUUUGGGAUGGA